AAAAAAUGAUGUAGCUGACUGAUCACCAAUGGCAACAGCUGAUACACAAUCGGCAAAGCCUCGGAGUAGUCGUCGUAGACUUCAUAAUCCACAGGUGGAAAAUGACUUUGCACCAGGAGAUGGGGAACCACCUGCAAGACCCCCACCUCUGCAGCGGUCACAGUCCCAGAGAGAGAGACCAACAAAACAGCUGGAUUUCUACCAAGCCAUGUUGGAUUUCAAAGCAAUGUUCCCAACAAUGGAUGCGGAUGUGAUUGAGGCAGUUCUGAGGUCUAAUGAUGGGGCCGUUGAUGAUACUAUAGAUCAGUUACUGACUAUGAGUAUUGACGGUGUUGACAAAGACUUUGUGGACAUACCUCCAGAGCUCAUUUCUCCUGUGGAGGAUGGUUGCCCGACCUACCAUGAGAAGCGAACUGAAGAUUCUCCACCGUCAUACACAGAAGCUGUCCAGUCAAACAACAGUAUCUGGACCACUCCCAUUACACAAGCAACGAGUAAAACCUCACCAACUCCACCAAAGAGGAGCCCUAUAAGAUCAAACACAACCCCUACCCCAAAGACUCACAGUCAUGGACAUAGCAAAUCAUCAUUGCAUCAUCAUAGUCGUUCAUCACAUCAUCAUCACCAUCAUCAUCGCAGGAGUCAUCGAAGUCGACAGAGUGAUGACGUGGUGGACUCGCUAGCUCUUUCUAAUACAGAACCAAAGAGACCCCUUCCCAGCUCCCCAGUAAGUCACAGCACCCCUGUCAAGAGUGGCUUCAGAAAUUGGAAUCCUCCAAUGCUGGGGACCCUCCCUGAUGAUUUCCUGAGAUUAACAGUGCCAAAGUCUCCUGAUCCACUCUCACUGGAGGGAUUUUUACCACACAACUCAGAGAGAACUCACCACAAUAUCAGUAGGAGAAACAGGCACACUGAGAGACUGUCAAACAGUAGCAGUGAGCACAAGAAAAAAAUAUCACGGAGUCGUAGUGAGCGAGCUCCUGAAAGACCCAAGUGGUCUCAUGGAGGUGAAAGUUUACCUGUGGUACAUGCUCAUGGGAAAAGUGUAGACGUGUCUCCAGGGAUGUCCAAAUCAUUGAUAAUUUCCUCACAUGAAUUCAGUCAAGAUAUGCUGGAUGAAAAGUUGAAGGAAAAUGAGCGACGGAGAAGGAAGGCUGUGAAAAAUGUUGAUCUAGAAAUGUCCCAGUAUUUGGAGGAUGAACGUCUUGCUAUAGCUCUACAAAACAGUGAAUUUUUACAGGAGCUUCGGGGGAAUGAGGACUUCAUGAAAACUUUAGAGAAAGAUCACAGGGAUAUGGCUUCAUUUGAGCCUACUGUAUUACCUGCCUUACAGCCAAGGGAGACAACAGCUACAAAUGGUUAUGGUGAUGACAGACAGACAAACCUGGAACCAUUUCCAUUUACCCAGACUUCCCCAAAACAAAAGGAUGAAGAUGCGGAGCUACGACGACAGCUUAAUAAUAUGGGCGGAGCAUCCAAGAAGCAAUUCAUGGCACUAGCCAAGAAGUUUUUCUCCAGAAGGAAGAAGAAGAUGACUUUGAAACAGAUUCAGAAGGAGAAGCUGGCUCCAUCUAUGGUCAACCUGCUGGAUAGCGAUGAAGAAGACUUUGUCCCUGAUGAGGACUCAAACCCAUAUAAUCAAAAGGCUGAGAUAGAGCCACUGCCGGACAGUUUACUGAGGAUACCUAAUGUACGUACAGCUGAUCACCAGCGGACCAGUAGUGUGCCCGUCUAUCAUGACAAUAAAGCCACAGAUUUUAUAUGAAUCACCACUCUAGACAGCAGAGAGUCUAUAAAUGGUGAACCACCAGACUUCACCACAACAAAGCCACAUUAUAUGAUAUCACCACACUAGACAGCUGAGAGUCUAUAAACGGUGAACCACCAGGCCAGUUCUAGUUAGAGACAGUUCUAUUUCAGGGUACACAAAGUCCUCCAAGCAAUAAGUAUCACCUCUCUGAACCUUUGAUGCAAUACAUGUGUUAUUAAGAACAAUAGUUUGUUUACUUGAUUUUGAACAAUGGCCAGUUUUGACCUGGCUUUAAUAUUGUUUUGAUUCUCUGUACUUUUUGUAACUGUCUCCAGUGUUUUUUGACAGUUUCUGUAUUUUUUUAUUAAUUUCAUUAACAUCAUUUAUUAAUCAAGUGUCUCAUAGUGUAUACUCAAUAAUUCA